AUGCCAAUGAACAAUAUUAUAUCUGAUUCAGAAAAUUAUUCAUUUCGUCUUGGUAUUCCUGAUGAUUUGAGAAAAGAAUAUCCUAUUAUUAAUAUGGCUUUACUUGCCUUGACAAAAAUUUUACAAAAUGAUCAUCUACAAAAAAAUUUUUAUCCUCAUUUUAUUCCUAUUGAUCAAUAUCAAUAUGAUUAUCCGAAACAAGUACCUGAAUCAAUACGAGCUCAAAUCAAACAAGUAUUCACUGAUGAAAAUUUACCAAGAGUAAUUUUUCAAGAUGAUAGUCAGCUGUUUGCGAUCAAUGAUUGUUCUGUUUAUGGGCUUUACAAUGGACGAUUAUUAGAACAAGAUGAAAAUAUAAUUUAUGUGAAUAAGGAAAGUGUUCCAAGUUUGGCAGAAAAUAUGGAUCAACAAGUAAAAUAUGCUGCCCUGAUUUUAUUUACGAUACUUCAUGAGCUUGGCCAUUGGACUUUUUAUAAGUUCAGUUGUAAUCUUGAUGAAGGAAAACAUACUCCUUGUGGUAUUUUAAUGGAAGAAUCUGGAGACGCCAUUGAACAUUUGUUGUUCGGAUUCAGAAUACAACACUAUGGUACUGCUCAUCCAAAAUUUCAGAUUGAUGACAUUAUAAUGAAAACAAGCGAUAUGAAACAAUAUCGAAUUGUUCCCAGCAAAUAUCUAUAUAGUCUAUUUCAAGCUCAAACAUACGAAAAUGUAACUGAUUUAUCAUCACUUAGAAUCCCCAAAAACGUGUCAUUUUCUUGUCUCGUGCUCGAUGAAGAACUAAUGAAGUUUCAAGGAAAACGAGUAUUUGAUCCAGUAGAUGAACUUCAAUUAAUUUCAACAUCAAAAAGUGUCACAAUAGCAUUAGAUAAACGAGUAUUUGAAUCGUGCGAUAAACUAUUUUGUGGUAAAGUACAAAAUGAACGUUCAAAAACAUAA